AGUGUGCAAGCGAACAGUGCAAACUUCUUACUUCAACCAGUAUUACAACAGUCCCUUAAAGUUAAACCAGUGUUUGAUAAUCAAAAUGGAAUCGAACGGUGAACAACAAAACGGUAAUUCAAACAUCGCUGGUGUUGAUCACAGAAAAUUGUUCGUCGGCGGUUUGAGUCAAGAAACAACGGAGGAAAACGUGAAGGAAUACUUCGGACAGUACGGAGGCAUCGAAAGUGUUAACCUAAAGACCGAUUCCAACACCGGCAACUCAAGAGGUUUCGCCUUUAUCGUAUUCAACAACGCCGAAGAUUUGGAAAGCGCUUUGGCGGUUCAAGAGCACAAGAUAAACGACAAGAAAAUCGACGUGCAAAAAGCGAAAACCAAACAGGGUAAACUGUUCGUCGGCGGAAUAACUCCCGAAUUAUCGGAAGACGACAUCAAAAACCAUUUCGCAAAGUUCGGAAACAUCGUCCAAGCCGAAUUCCCGAUCGACAAGAUAAAAAAUGAACGCAAGAAGUUCUGUUUUAUCGUUUUCGACAACGAACAAUCGGUGAAGGACAUAAUCCAAGCGGGCCGCCAGACUAUCAACAGCGUGGAAGUAGACGUGAAGAAGGCGGUGGCCAAGGACCAGAACAUGAGGGGUGGCAGAGGGGGCGGCCGCGGCAGAGGCGGACGUGGGUUCCACCAGGGCUGGAACACCGGUUACGGGUACCAGAACUACGGCGGCGGUUGGAACCAGGGCUACGGCUACGAGCAGGGCUGGGGCGGCGGUUAUUCCAACGGGGGCGGCUACAGCAAUGGUUACCAAGGUAAACAGCGAGGUAGAGGACGCGGUAGACAGCAACCCUAUUUGACCAUGGAGUCGAACGGAGAGUCGAACGAGGCGGCGCCGGUUAGUGUGGACAAAAGAAAGUUAUUCGUUGGCGGCCUAAGCCAGGAAACCAAGGAGGAACACGUGAAGGAGUACUUCUCGCAGUACGGCACGAUCGAGAGCAUCAAUCUGAAAACGGACGCGGAAACCGGCAACUCGAGAGGUUUCGCAUUUAUCGUGUUCACCAGUGCGGACGCGCUCGACAGCAUCCUGGCCGUCGAGGAGCACAACAUAAACAACAAAAAGGUGGACGUGCAAAAGGCCAAAACUAAACAAGGCAAGCUGUUUGUCGGCGGCAUCACCCCGGAAAUGUCCGAGGACGACAUCAAAAACCAUUUUUCACAGUUCGGCAAUCUCGUCCAGGCCGAGUUCCCGUUCGACAAGACCCGGAACGAACGCAAGAAGUUCUGUUUCAUCAUCUUCGAAACCGAACAGACCGUGAACGACAUCGUGAAAACCCGCAAACAGACCAUCAAUUCCGUCGAGGUGGACGUGAAAAAGGCGGUGACCAACGAUCAGAAUCGUGGCGGCAACUUCCGCGGCGGUUUCAGAGGUCGCGGCGGUAGAGGACGGGGCUUCGGGCCGAACUUCAAGAACUACAACUACAACUACGGCUACAACAACUGGGACCAGGGCUACGGCGGCGGCUACGAUGACGGUUACGGUGGCGGCGGCGGUUACAACGGCAACGGCGGCGGUUACGGAUACGGGGGAGGUUUCCACGGUAAGCAGCGUGGAGGGGCGCGUGGACGCGGUGUCAGACACCAGCCCUAUUGAAGAUCUCAUCCCCCCCAAAUCUUUUUUUUCGAAUCUUUUUUGUCAAUGUCGAAACAUUUCAGUCCAAGCCUAUUUUAAGGUUUAUGUAUGUCUUGAUUCAUUUUUUUUUUUAUAUUAUAAUAAACAAAUUUUCGUAUAUUCGAUUUUUCUAUCAAUAAAUAUUAAAAAUGUC